ACACUGGAGUGGAGCUGUAGUUUGCAGGAGCUCUGUGGAUGCUUAGCACGGCUCGUUUCGUCUCUUUAAAGCGGGAUUUCGCUUGAAAGUGUUCCAGUGUCGUGUUUUUCCGCGUCGCUCGGGAGCAGCGCAGUUCGGACUUAAGAUAAAGGCUUCAACAUGAGUCGUCCUCCGCUCCGUUUUCCUCCUUCACUUGCGGAAAGCGUACACCUGACGCAUCACUCUGUCGCCCUGUGGAAGUGAUCUUCCUCUAUAAAAAAAGAGGUCCGAGCGGAGUUAUUUCACUUUCAACUGCAGAGAGAGCGUAUGGACCCAGCUGACGAUCCAUGAUGAUGCUCACUGAGGGGUCUCUGUGAGCUCAAACCAACCAUCGUCGGACCCAGUGGAUGAAAAGGAGGCAGUGGACCUGCUCCCAGAAGCUGAGACCAUGGUGAAAGCUCAGCGUAGCCAGCCUGUGAAAUGCAGGAAGCCCCAGAAGGAGGCGGGAGGCAAGGAAAAGAGAGUUGACACCAAAAAAGGGAAGGAGAGAAAGAAGGAGCUAAAAGAAAAGAAGAAGAAAGAUAAGAAAGAGAGUCAUCGGCGUAGAAGGAAGACUCUAGCACUGGGUAAUGGAGAUGCACUGGACUGUUGCGUCCUCCUCACUCGUCUUGAAGAGAAAAGAGUUGUGGGUAGACUAAUGAAUACACCAAAAGCUCACGGGAAACACAAGGAUGAUAAAGUUAAAAAGAAGCAGCGCUCCACUUCAGCUCAAAAAAGGACCAAAUCUGGACUUAAGAAAACGUCCGCAGGCAAUCAGCAAGCACUGGAACCAAAAACCAACCAAUUUGACGCCUUACUCAUGUUUCCUGUUCUCGAGCCCCGCAGGCGGAGAAUGGCCUCUCUUAACGCCGAGGCCGUCAACAGCCUGCUGCUCUACAAAGACGACUCUCUCAUGUCCAACCUCACAAAGAAACGGCAGCCUUCCAUCGAAGAUAAAAGUGACGAUAACGGCUCUAAAGUUGAACUCACAGGUUGCAAUACCAAAAAGGUGUCUCUAGGACGAAAAGCAGACACAAAAGAGAGACCUAAAAAACAGAGACGGUCAGCAGUGGAGGCUCAGGAAAUCGACUGGUUGGCUUUGUUUGCGCCAACGCCUCGGCGUCAGGCGGGCCUCACUGCUGCAACUCUCCUUAAACUCACCAGUGCCACAUACGGAACCAAACGACAAAAGAAAACCGAGUCCAAGCCUGGGAGUGAGAGUGAGGCAGCUGCCACUACUCACAAUGAGAUUAACGCUAAGCCAGUGUGUGGAGGAUCAACGCUGACCAAAAAAGAAACACAUCCCAAACAAGAGGACCAACUAAAGCACAGAACACAGGGUACAGAGGAUCCGGUUCAUUCCCAGCUGGGCUCUGGCGUUAUGAGUUGUUGUAGUUUGUGUAAAAGCGAGGCUCUGGAUUCCGAAUGGAAGACCACCACGGGAGGACAGGAGUGUCUCAAACACCCCCUCCACUGUGGCUCUUCGCUGGGAUUCUCCUUUAAAACAAUCAAAGAGGAACAGGUGGAGACCGAGGUCUCCUCCUGCUACUGCUGCACCCAGGAGAGGUGUGUAGAGUACUGUCACAGACUGGCCCUCUUCCUGGAGGACAAAACCUUCAAGGAACCAGAAGACGGCUCCUUGUCUGAGGUGUUCCACCACCAUCAUCACCACCAUCACCAUCAUCACCACCAUCUUCAGUCCCCUCACCCAGCAGCCAUAACCAUUAGCCCACACACGUACACCUGUUUCCCAGGCUACUACGUCCACUUCAGCCAUCCGGACUCCUCCCCCUCCCCGAUAACACCGCUCGCUUUGUGCCCCAGGAGCGGCAAGAGGCCCAAGCUGCUGCACAGCACGGGUCCACAGCCCUCAGGGAUUACACACCCAGUGUACUGCUGCACCUCCGUGGAGACAUGCUACACAGAGCCCUGCAGGAUCAACGGCUACCCAGCAUACACCAAUCUGAUUCCAGCCAUCACCAGAGGAGGGCGCUCCUUCAACCCUGCAGACUGCACCAAAUGUAAACACAGCAUCAAAAGAGAAGACUACCCAUCAACCCUCAGCGACCAUCACAGUCCCUCCUCCGUCCCCAUCUGUCCCAGCCCCCGGACCCUCACUGGCUGCCCCGUUCCCACCGUGCCUCCAGCCGGCCAAUCAGUGCCCCACAUCCAGACUCCUCUGUCAGACCCCAGCCAACCACAGCCUCCUCUGCAGGUGGCGAAGGAGUGUCCCCAGAGUGCCAAGUCACCCAGCGGGUCCAGGUCUGGCGCACGCGGCACCGGCAGCAUCGGCUCGGCUGUCUGCCCUCUCAACAGGGACAAGAAACAGAAGCUUGGCCCUGCCAGCGUCGGAGGGCGAACGGUUGCCAAGCAGCCAAAGAACGGACGCCAAAAAAGCACCAACGGCUGGCGGCCAGUUGGCGUGCCCUUUCAGAAGGAGGUUUUCUCUGUGGGAGAGGAGACGUUGGUUCUAAGGAAAUGUUUUGAGGGAGUCCAGAGGGAUGGGGAGCUGAUUCGGGUCAGAGAUACUGUCCUGCUGAAAUCUGGACCAAGGAAGAAGUCUCUGCCUUACGUGGCCAAGAUCUCUGCUCUAUGGGAGGAGCCAGAGACAGGAGAGCUGAUGAUGAGUUUGUUUUGGUACUACCGUCCAGAACACACACAGGGGGGACGAAACACUAAUGUACAUUGUGAGAAUGAGAUUUUUGCAUCUCGUCACCAGGAUGUCAACAGUGUGGCCUGUAUUGAAGACAAAUGCUAUGUCCUAACAUUGGCACAGUAUUGCCGAUUUUGUGCCUUGGUAAAACGCCGUAGGGAGGGUGUACGUGAGUGUGCCGCCUCCCUCCUGGUGCCACCCGUUGUUGGCAAUGCCAUGCCCACCCACCACUGUGUGCCCGAUGAUGUCGACCCAGAGCUGGUGUUUUUCUGUCGACACGCCUACGACUUCCGCUACGGACGCCUGCUCAAAAACCUGCAGUAGCAUGUGACAUGAAAUUACACAUAACCUGAUGGGAUGUGAGAUGAUGCAACUCCGGUUUCAUCCACCACAAGUUCAAUUAGCUACAAACUGAUCUGCUGCCUGUGUGAGAGGAACUGGAAGUUUAGGUGGAAGGAUUUGGAGAUUAACUCAUUCUUGUUUUUAAACUCUUGUUUACACGUCCAUGUCACAUUUAUUUAGAGGGUAAUGGUCUGACAUAUUGUAAAAGGGUUAAUAUGGCGUUGUAAAUGGUCGUUAUCAUACAUGGCUCUCUGGUGUUGUAGAAGCUGUGUGAAGAACCUUGAACCUUCUCUGCUGUAGAAAACGCUACUGUAGCUCUUAGAAAUGUGACAUUUGCUAGAUAUGAACAGAGGUCGGUGUUUCAUGUUGACUGUCUGACAGAUUUCAGAUGCGUAAUGUGCCUCAAUAAUUGUUGUGGUUGAAAGAUUUGAGGUAUAUUGUGCACCUUUAGUCCUUUAGAAGAAAGGAAAAACAAUAAUGUCUCCGUGGCUGAGGACAUCAUCACAUCUGUCUUUUAGAUUUCCCUGAAAAUUACAGUUGCUUUCUGUCCAUCUGAAUGUAGAAAUACAGACUCUACAUGGCAGAAAUACCACAAAAAUAACCUUUAUGUUCUCACUUAUAUGCAAAGAAACAUAUGGAGCAUUUAGAUGUUUCCCUCAGAUUCAGAUGAGAAGACCAAUACCUCUCUCAUGUCUGUACGGUAGAUAUGAAACUACUGCUAGCGUAGCGUAGUAUCAAGAUGGGGAUGAAGGUGACGUAUAGUCUUGGUUUUGCAGAAACGUGACUUCUAUGACGUCACUUGCAACAGUGGAAGCAGAAGUGCCUGUGUUGGCACUGUGCAUGUUAGUUGUUAUUGAAAUUCUAGUUGUGUUUUGAAGCCAUAAAAGGGACGGAAAGUCCUGUAAUAGAAUUUUCUUACUUAACAUAAAUGUCGGUUGCUCUGUCAAAUGAGCCAAGCCACUGUGAGGGCACUCACAAACUGAGAAACUUGUGAAAACUGAAAGAGGCGUUCCUGCUAGCACACAGGCAGUGAUCUUAACACUUGUGAAAGCCUUAAUCAAUCAAUCAAUCAGUCUUUAUUUGUACAGCACUUUUCAUACACAACAACGCAGCACAAAGUGUACACACACACAAAAAAAAAAAAAGAAAUGUCCUGACAACAGCCCAACCUAACCCACCCUAUCCAUUGACCACUUUCUCUCUCUUAGCCCUGUACCAAUGACCAGAACCUGAGUUUGUUCUGGUUGAGCUGUAAAAGGUUCUCUGCUAUACAUGAGUUAAUGUAUAAAAUAUAGUUUGAAAAGGGCAUCAAGUGACCCUGUGUCAUCAGGAGACACAGCGAUGCACAGCUGAGUGUCAUCAGCAUACCUGUGGAAAUGCUGUGCCUUCUGACAUUCCUUAAAGGUGGCAUAUAAAGGUUAAAAAAAGGUAGUGCCUAAAAUUAAACCUUGGGGAACCCCGCAUUUCAUUAAAUAAAAGUUAAACGAACAAUCCCAGAGAUUCACAUAAAACUUUGAUAGUAAGGUAAGAUUUUAACCAGUUCAAAACAGCAGCAGAGAUGCCAAUAAAAUUAUGUAGUUUAAGAAUCUACUGUAUGAAAUACUGCACUCAGGUCCAGUAAAACUAAAACAGAGGGGGAUUUAUUAUCUAUGUUGCACCUCAGGUUAUUGACAGUUUUAACUAGAGCUGUCUCUGUACUGCGAUUCUUCCUAAUACCAGAAUGAUACAAUCCCUAAAUAUUACGAGAAUUAAUAAAAUUAUUUAACUGGUUAAAAACAAUAUUCUAAAAUUUUACUUAAGAAUAGUAAAUUAGAUACAGGUAUGUAAUUGUUGGGUAGUGAUGCAUCCAAAAGAGGUUUGACUGUAGAAGUCUGAAAAGCAGAAGGGAGGACACCUGUCUGUAGAGAGUAAUUAACAACAGAAAGAAGAUCAUGUUUUAAAAAAGGGAUGCUGGGAGGGGAUCUAAAAGGCAGGUAGUCGGUCAUCAAAUCAACCAGGACAAAACUCUCCGCUGUUUCCUCUUUUAAAAGCAAAUAUUCUUGAUGCCUAUAUGGCUGUCCCGGUGAAUACCACUACUUUGUUUAGCUUUUUUAUUUAAAUGUUGAUUAUGGUCAUCAGUCAUUCAUUUAUUAAUACUAUGCAAAAAGGAAUGGGUGAAUACUCUCUGUUUUCACAUGCUUCUGCUAAGGCGCUUCUGCUAAUGAUUAGCAUUUUUUAAAGUUGCUCCACUUUAAAAAAAAAAAACAAAGUCAAGUAUUUUCUACAAUUUGUUCCAAAAUGUCUCCACAAACUUAUGUUUUUCCUUUUGAUUAGUCGUCAGAGGUCUGGGGACAACUUUGGCACACACUUUUGCGUGUUCAUAUUUUAAUGCAAAAUUUGCCAAACUGUCUUUUUGUAUAUGAAGACCAUUCCACACCUCUAUUAGUGUAGGUAACGUUUUGUCUCCUGUUAUGUUCAAUUUCACUAAAAAUCUCAGUCAAUACUUUGCUCAACUUUUACGCCAAAAAAGUGCUCAGAAGCUGUACUUUUGCUGGCCUACCACAAUGAAGAGGGGGCGGGGUCAGAAUGAGCUCAUUUGCAUUUAAAGGGUUACACGCAUCAAAGUGUUCUAAGAAAGGUUGUUCAGAGCUGGUUUAUACAGGGUCAAAAAAAUCCUCUGGUGCUUGAUUUAUAUUAUAUUUCGACCAAAGUAUGGCAAAGCCUUUUUUUUCAGACUAUAGAGGACUAUAUUGGAAAAUGUAUGCAUGUCACCUUUAAACAUUAAGUAGUUGAAUGCAAAAACAACCGUGCAUAAGACACAAGAUAGGAUCACAUGGGAGUGUUAUUAACAAUCUCAUCUGAAUCUUGAAAUUAAGCCAAUUAACAAACCAAAAUCCUGCAUUCUUCUUUUAUUUUAUCCUGUCAUGAAAGUCUUUGAUGAGAAAGAUGGACUGAACUCCCUUUUGACCACUGACUGAUUACACAGCAAGUUAUAAAAUUUGGAAAUUAUGUGGAAAUUUUUGGUUACACUUCUUGUGAGUUUCGAGGAUAAUUCUAGCUUUCGUGUCAUAUCUGUUGCUCUACAAUCCAAAUUUGUGGUGAUUUUCAUGCAAAAGAGAACUGCACUCAUAGAGAAAGCACAGUUUAGUUUGCUUAUUGUUGCAGUGUGAAGAUGUCCAGUUGCAUUGAGAGGAUUUUUGUUAUGCCAAUUCUUAGGAGUAUUUUACUUUGUCAAAGCUGUUUGCCAGAGGUGUGAUUAGACUCUGGCCUCAGCUGACUGUAUAUUUGCAUUUAUAUUUCUGGAUGAGUGUCUGUUUAUGGCAGAUGGCAUCAGUUAGUCACUUAUAUUCUUGUUUGUUCACCAAUGAGAUGGUGAGUAAUGUACCGAGUGUAGCAUUUAGAUCUGUGAUGAUGAUUCAUUCCUAUGUUUGAGAGAAGAUAUGUAUUUAUUUCUGUACUCAGAUGAAAAUAUAAUUUAUUUUCAAAAGAUGAUUUUAAAGACUACAGUUGUAGACGAGUGGCUUUCACUCCUAAAUAGAAGGAGGUUAAAGUUGUCUCUCCUUUUAGCUGCACUGUCUCAGAUGAGAGUCAUUUAUAGUUCUGUGAUUGAUUGAGCUUGCCUGCCCGGUUCAAACUUCCUAAAUGUGUUGUUGAGACGUUGGAGUCCUCGGCGCAGAUACAAGGACACAUUUGGAGUGUUUUGGAGGAUCUCAGACCUUGAAGGACGCCUGCAAACAUGUUAGGAGAGAUUCUUACCCCGUAGGACCAAAAUGUACCUUUGUCGUUCCCAGCUUCCUGUCAUUCUCCUUUCACCUCUCCUCUGACGAUGACGCUUUGCCUCUACACCUUUAAAUGCUGAAUGCUACAAUGAUUUAACUCACCUUGCCACUAGCCUGUGCCCUUUAUCUUGCUGCCUUAGAAAACAUUCCCAGCCUUUCAUUUAGAAAUGUGUACCAAUGCAGCCUGGGGAAAUGAAGCUUUUUAGUCUGCUGAUUGUGAUUCCUUUAUGCUUUAGAUGCUUUAGCACCUUCAUGUGGUCUUAUGGGAUCUUACAGGCAAAACUGAAUCUUUAUCAGAAACCUUUAUUUAAUAAAAGUCAGCCCAAGUUAGCCCAACAUUUAAGUGUUCUUCAUUAUUAACCACAUGACACUUGGGGAAAAAAUCCCAUUGUUUUUAAAAGUUAAAAGAAAAUGAACUUUAAGUCAUAUAGAGCCGAUUGAAUCCUCUUUAAACAUCUCUUGACUCUGCCCUGUGGAGGGGCAAAGUAUAUUCCCUUUUCUCAAUUUGUUUUUGUUUUUUGCAUAUUUGUCACACACUUAAAUGCUUCAUAUCAUCAAAUAAUUUUUCAUAUUAAACAAAGAUAACCCAAUUUUAUAUAAAAUGCAGUUCUAAAUGAUGAUUUCAUUCAUCAAGGGACAAAAAGCCAUCCAAACCUACCUGACCCUAUGUGAAAAGCAACUGCCUCUAACCCAAGGCAGCCUAGCUGCAGACGUCUCUCUUUCAGACCACUACAGUAAGACGCCGCCUCUGUCAGAAGGGAAAUGCAAGCUAAAACCUUCAAAAUAAAAUUAAACUUCCAGUUAGCUUUAGGGUAGGGGUUAGGAUACCAAAAGUCCAAAGUCAAAAACCUGACCUGCCAAACCUGAUUACAAGACGUUUUAUAAAGCCGAGUUAACGGUCUGCUUACAGGAAAACACCUUUGUUCUCCAUGAAAACACCAAUACAGCUAACAAAACUAAAGCAAAUGAAGCUGCAUUAGCUAUGUCAGCUACAUAUGCAACAUAGCUUAUGUAGCUGAAGCUAAUUUAGCUACAUUGCUUAAACUUACAUUGCUUAGGCUAAUGUUGCUACAUUGGCAUAUAUAGUUAUGUUAACUACGUGGCAAGCAUAGCGUAGCUAUGUUAGCUUUAGCUAAAGCUAAUGAAGCUAAAUCAAGCCACUACUUAAAACCGGUCUAUACAUAAAUUAAUCACAGAUUAGAUGUUUGACCUUUUUUUGUUUUAUUUAAAGUGGGUAAAUCUGGCACAACUUCACCAACUCCCAAGGUGCAUGGAGGAUGAGGAGGGUCUUGAGGAGAACAGAAAUCUCCGGCAGCACUUGUAGUUAAAAGAACAACUUUAUUAGACCGACGCGUUUCAGCAUGUAGCCCUUAUCUGGGUCGAUGACCCUGAUUGAUGACCCUGGUUGAUGACCCUGAUUGAUGACCCUGAUGAAGGCUACAUGCCAAAACGCGUCGGUUGUUCUUUUAACUACAAGUGUUGCUGGAGGUUUCUUUUCUCUUUUAUUUUAUUUAAGAAACGUUGCUGUCUGUAAUUUUUCCAGUAUUUUUUCAUAAAUGUAACUGCCAAAUUUUGUUUAUGAAGUUGAGUUCAGAAAAAACAACUUCUAAAACAUACAGACAAACAACACAGUCUCUUUUAGUGGAUGUGCCGUAAAUUGCUGGUACAAACUUUAAGUUUUUUUUUUUUUGUUUUUUUUUUGCAAUUCAACUUUAUUUAUGAACAGAGUCUUUUAGUUAUGCAAGACAUAUUGCAAACAAAGCAACAUUUCAUAAAUGAAACAGAAAAGAUCCGCUAUGGGUUGCACCAGCUGUGCGUAAGUUCAAACGUUGCCUGGUUUGAACAUAAGUUCUUACUUACGACGGAGUUUACACUCUCCUAACAUUUUAGGUGUUGCACCAGAUGUGAUAGUUUCAACGUAGGCCUAAGUUAUAUCUUAAAUCGUACACCUACCUCCUACUAGGUGUAAAGUCCUCUGUAGAUUAUGGCUGUCAUGGUGAUAGUUCUGAGAGAAGGAAUAACCCACCGGAGGAUGACGAGGAGUUUAGGAUUUUACCAGCAAUUUGAUGUCAGCACUGUGCUCUCCAUGAUCAGUAACACUGUUGUUUUCCAUGAGCGGAGAUAAUUUCCAACAUCUGCUGUUGAAUUAUCUUGUGUUAUCAGUGAAUUCAUCACUUGAUGUCAGUGUUGUGAUUUUAUACUGGCUCUAGGUUUGGGCUGUAGGCUUCAAUACUCACAUAUGCAAAAUGCCUUGUCAUAUUUAUCAUCCACACUGGAUGUGGUUUGAGGAUUGACGUCAGUUAGCGUACGUUAGUUUUGGCCUUUAGCUUCUGUAGCAAACACUGGGUUAAAAAUGCUUUUCAGUGACUGGUUGAGGUAAGAGAAAACGUCACACUGCGACAAUGUUUUGUUUAGUUUGGACGUAAAUCUCUACUAGUUAAGAUCAACCUUUAGUAUCUGUGGUGCAACUGAACAAUGACAACUUAAGUUAGAACUUAACUAGAAUCAACGUAGGGUUUAGUGUGGACUUUACACCAUAACUUAAGGCAGAAAUUACGCAAAGCUGUUGCAACAGGCUAUAAACGUAAAAUCUGGGAUUAAGUUAUGUAUAGACUGGUUUUAGAAGUAGUACGAAGGAUGGCUCGUUAGCUUUAGCAAUGUUAGUUUUAGGAAACGUAGCUUAAGUUAACAUAGCUACAUAGAGAACAUCCUUAUAAAGCCACUUUUUUAGCUUAGCAAUGUAGCCAUGUAAACUUUGUAGCUACAUUAUUUACGUAGCUUACACAGCUAAUGGAGCUACAUAAGCUAUGCUUGCUGUGUUCGAAUCCUUUCACAGAGGAAGAGCUUUCUUCCUGUAAGCAGACUGUUUACUCGGCUAUAUUUUACUUUAUUUUUUAUGAAGUUUUGCAGGUCAGGUUUUUAUCCUGAAACUUUUGGUAUCCUAACGCGUACCUUAACUCUUACCCUGAACAGUGUAAUCCAAUUUUAUUUUGAAAGUUUCAGUGUGUUUCUGUUUUGAAAGAGACUGUGUCUCAGGUGAACAACUGCAAGCAAGCGUUCAUGAUAACUGGCAAUGAAUCUUACACAUCAAUGUGGAGGAGUUUUCACCCACUCUUCUCUUUGCAGAUUUUUUUAAUUCAGCCUUUGGAGGGUUUUUAAGCAUGAACGGCCUGUUUAAGGUCAUGCCACACAUCUCAAUUGGAUUUAAGGCUGGACUUUGACUAGGCUACUCCAAAACCUUUUUUUCAAGCCAUUCAGAAGUGGACUUACUGGUGGGUUUUAGAUCAUUGUCCUGCUGCCCAACCCAAACGUGUUUGAGUUAGAAGUCACAAAGUAAUAAAAGACCGUGUGACAGAUGUGCUAAAAAAUUUUUAUGACUGUUCCAGUCCUAUGACUUGUUAGAAGUCAAAGUAAAAAUUACUUACAGCCUUCUUCCUUUACAAAAUCAAGCUGUUCUUCUACAUUUUAAUUGAUUAAAGUUAAAAUCACAGUAUUAUUUUUUCAUGCUUUACUCUUUGAUGCAUUAUUUUUUACAUUUAGUUUUGACAUUUCAGGCUGAAAUGGAAAGAAAAGAUCCCACCAUUUCACUUUGCCUCUCUCAGUCAUCAGAUCAGUCAUUUCCUGACGGAAUCAUUUCUUAAAACAACAGUCAAUAACAGCAGUAAAGCCCACACUGCUACGAAUAUGGUAAUAGAAUAUGGUAAACUACAUUUGGUUCUAUUUGGUUCUGCGAUUACAAACUCCCAGCGGGUGUUUUGGAUAAACCGCACACAGCACACAUUAAUGCCUCAGGAAUCCUUCAGCAGACUAAUUAUGUUUAAUCAAGAUGUGUGAUAAUUAUGUCUUAAUUGGUCCUCUGUGCCUGUUCCCAUUAACCCGUCUUUAUUCCGAGCUCUUUCCACAAAAAGAAGGAUGAGCAGUCACUGUUGUUAACCCAUCUUCCAAAUGCCUUUCAUUUUCGCUGAUUGGAUCACCACAAAGAAAUGUUUGCACCAAAUAGAGACAGGGUGGGUAGGAGUAUUUAAACUAGAAUCUCAUUAUCCCCAAGGUGUACAAAAACCUCUGUUUCUUCUGAUGUGAAUUUCUGUUCAUAUUCUUUGCAUGGCGUUUUGGAAAUAUCUUGGGAAUAUUAAUCACAGCACAGAUUAUUUGUAUGGUUUCAAAUGGACCUCUGUAAUAUAAGAAAAAUAUUUAAUUGUAAUAAAUAAUAUAUGAGUUUGA